CAUGUCCUCGGGACCCGCUUACAACGAGGACAGGGGCUCCUCCCUGGGGGACCCUGAGUACGGACACGACCCGGCCAGCGGAGGCAUCUUCUCCAGCGACUACAAAAGACAUGAUGACCUGAAGGAGAUGCUGGACAGUAAUAAGGACUCUCUGAAGCUGGAGGCAAUGAAGAGGAUUGUAGCGAUGAUCGCCAGAGGAAAAAACGCCUCCGAACUUUUCCCGGCUGUGGUGAAGAAUGUUGCCUGCAAAAACAUUGAGGUGAAGAAAUUGGUUUAUGUUUAUCUGGUUCGAUACGCGGAGGAGCAGCAAGACCUGGCUUUACUUUCCAUCAGCACCUUCCAGAGAGGAUUAAAGGACCCGAACCAGCUGAUCCGAGCCAGUGCGCUCCGUGUGCUGUCCAGUAUCCGAGUCACCAUCAUCGUCCCCAUUAUGAUGCUGGCGAUUAAGGAGGCUGCAUCGGACAUGUCGCCUUAUGUCAGGAAGACAGCUGCACAUGCCAUCCCGAAGCUCUACAGUUUGGACCAGGAUCAGAAAGACCAGUUGAUCGAGGUGAUUGAGAAGCUGCUGGCUGACAAAACAACGUUGGUCGCAGGAAGUGUGGUGAUGGCCUUUGAAGAGGUUUGCCCGGAGAGGAUCGACCUAAUUCACAAGAACUAUCGCAAGCUCUGCAACCUCCUGAUUGACGUGGAGGAGUGGGGCCAGGUUGUGAUCAUCAACAUGCUGACACGCUACGCCCGCACCCAGUUCCUCAACCCCAACCAGAAUGAGUCUCUCACGGAGGAAAACCCGGAAAAGGCUUUCUAUGGAUCUGACGAGGAGGAAUCCAAGCAGAACGAGACGGACACAAUGGCGCUCUCCAAACGGAAACCAUACGUGAUGGACCCCGACCACCGUCUGCUGCUCCGCAACACCAAACCGCUUCUCCAGAGCAGGAACGCUGCGGUGGUGAUGGCCGUAGCACAACUUUACUUCCAUCUGGCCCCUAAAGCGGAGGUCGGUGUCAUAGCCAAGGCUCUCGUUCGCCUGCUCCGCAGUCACAGUGAGGUGCAGUUUGUUGUGCUGCAGAAUGUUGCCUCCAUGUCCAUCAAGCGGAGGGGAAUGUUCGAGCUCCAUUUGAAGAGUUUCUACAUCAGGUCCACAGACCCUACCCAGAUUAAAGUGUUGAAGUUGGAGGUCCUGACCAACCUGGCCAGUGAGACUAACAUAUCAACCAUUCUCCGCGAGUUCCAGACGUAUAUCAAAAGCCAGGACAAGGAUUUUGUGGCAGGCACUAUCCAGGCUAUUGGACGCUGUGCCACCAACAUCAAUGAGGUCCGUGAUACCUGCCUCAACGGAUUGGUUCAACUGCUGUCCAAUAGAGACGAGCUGGUGGUGGCAGAGUCUGUGGUCGUCAUUAAGAAGCUGCUGCAGAUGCAACCGUCACAACAUAGCGACAUCAUCAGACACAUGGCAAAGCUCAUCGAUAACAUCAUGGUUCCUAUGGCAAGAGCCAGCAUCCUUUGGCUUAUUGGAGAGUACUGUGAGCAUGUGCCCAAGAUCGCUCCCGAUGUGCUUCGGAAGAUGGCCAAGUCCUUCACCAACGAGGAAGACAUUGUUAAGCUUCAAAUCAUUAACCUGGCUGCCAAACUUUACCUCACCAAUUCCAAACAGACCAAACUGCUGACCCAGUACGUCCUUAACCUGGCCAAGUAUGACCAGAACUAUGACAUCCGAGACCGAGCCCGUUUCAUCCGGCAGCUCAUCGUUCCCACGGAGAAAAGUGGGGUGUUGAGCAAGUACGCCAAGAAGGUGUUCCUGGCGCAGAAGCCAGCCCCAGUCCUGGAGUCUUCCUUUAAAGAUCGGGAUCACUUCCAGCUCGGCUCACUGUCCCACCUGCUCAACAGCAAGGCCGGAGGUUACCAGGAGCUACCAGAUUGGCCUGAGUCUGCCCCUGACCCAUCAGUCCGCAAUGUGGAGGAGGAAGCACUCGCGGAAACGGAGGUGCGAAUCGGAUUGCUGGGAGACUGGAAAGAGGUUUCUGAAUGGACUAAGCCCAGCGGCAGAGAGAAGAGGAAGGAGAAAGUGGAGAAACCAUUCUAUUCUGACUCUGAGGCGGAGUCUGAACCUACAGAAUCAGCCGACAGCGAGUCCCCGACUGCCAGUGAGUCUGAAAGCAUGAGUGAAAUCGAAAGUGAGAGUGGCUCAGGGAGUGACGAAGAGAGCGAUGAGGAGACCAAAUUGGACAAUGAGAAGAAGAAGAAAGUGAGGAAGGAGAAGAGCAAGAAGCGAGAUGAGAGCGAGGACAGUGGGCAAAGUGAAGGUGAAGAGAAGACAGUGAAGAAACGGAAAGACAAGGAAGAAUUGAGUUCCUCGUCUUCCUCCUCCUCCGAUGAAAGCUCGUCUGAGAAAAGCUCGUCAGAGUCGGAGUCAGAGGAGGACUCUGAGUCGGACACGGGUAAAAAGAGCAGGAAGAAGUCUUCCACAACGAAACCACCUCCUAGGCCGCUCGAUGCUAAACAGAAGGAGAUCUCCCUCCUCGACCUGGAUGACUUCAGCUCACCCUCAACCUUCCAGACCAGCCCCUCACCGAACACAUUGUCUAAGAGCCUCAACCUGGAUCUACAGGGGCUAACGUUAACUGACACAACCCUACCAUCCGAGGGUCUCGGCCUUUGUCGUCUGUUUCAGGUGGCGAGCCCCUCGCUGGGGGGGGCGAAAACCUACGAGCUGCUGCACCGCCUGACGGGGGAGGGGCUGUCGGUGGAGUACUACUUCAACAGGCAGCUGUUCAGCCCGGAUCACACCAUGGUAUCUGUCCAGAUGCAGUUCACCAACAACUCUGAGACGGAAUUCAAAAACCUCCACAUCAGCGAGCCCAAACUCCAGCCGGGAAUGAGGAUGCAGGGAUUCAAGGAGAUUGCGAGUCUCCAGCCUGGUGAGGUCGUCGCCGAUACGCUGGGCAUCGACUUCUGCGAUUCCACGCAAGCGGCCAACUUCCAGCUAUGCUCCCAGACCAGGCAGUUUUAUAUGUCAAUCCAGCCACCGGUGGGGGAGCUAAUGAUGCCUGUCUUCAUGACUGAGAACACUUUUAAACAGGAACAAGGGAAACUGAUGGGAAUGAAUGAAAUUAAGGAGAAACUGACCCUCCCAGAGAAAUGCCGGAGCGACCAAGCAAUUGUCCAGCAGGUGAUGUCUACUGCUAACCUUGGGCGUGUGCCCUGUGGACUGGACAAUGAAUACAGGUUCGCUGCUCGAACAGUGAGUGGUGGCGCUUUGGUUCUCGUUACCCUGGUAACCAAAGAUGGCGGUGCUGCCCAACUGACAAUAAACUGUGAGAAGAUGGUGAUUGGCACGAUGAUGGUGAAAGACAUAAUGCAGGCACUGACCCAGUGAUGCAGCUCCGACGUCUCUCCUUCUCAUGGGGUUUGGAAGGGGGAAGCGGGAGGGGCUACCUCCUGGCUCUUGCAAUCCUCAAGCUGCUCAAGAAACCCCACCGAGCGCAGGAGAAUCAGCGCGACAGAAAGAAAACAGCAUCCACUUAGUUAGGAGGGGAACCUUCUCCAAUUUGGUUUGCCAACCCUCCAGGAUUGGCCUGGAGUCUCCAGGAAUUGAAGAUCAAUCUCCAGGACACUACUGUAUGCAACCCCGGAGAAAGAAAAUCAUCGGGACAUUAAGAAAAGUUGUUUUAUUGUCAUUUUCUUUGAACAUUUCUCUUUACCAGAUAUAAAAAAUAUGGAAAA